AUGUAUAAGAGAAAAUGGCAGAAUUUAAGAAAACUCGAUAGUAAUAGUUAUGAACUUGAACCAGAAGCAAUUAAAAGGAUACAAUGUCCAUCAAGAGUUAAUUUUUCGCAUGUAGCAUUUGAUUGGACUGAAGAACAUUUUAUUGCAAGUGAUACAGCAGGAUAUUUAUAUUACAUCGAUCUAAUGAAUAAUUGCCCUUCCUAUCAAAAAUUAGGAAACGUCGGACGGGCAACAUUUGUGGCAUUUAAUCCCAUAAAUAAACUUGAAAUAUUAGUUGGUCUUGCUACAGCUGACAUAAAAAUAUUGAGAAUAAAUGCAGAUGUUUCUCAAUUUUGCUUGUUAAUUGCUCAUAAAGUACCCCCAGUAUAUGUUUCUUUUUACAAAAAUUAUUGCUUAACUUCUUCACAUAAAGAAGUUAUAAUAUGGUGUCUAAACUCCUGUAAUAAAGCUCAACAGUUAAGAGCUUGUCCAAAAAAUUUUAUAAUAAAAAAGACAAGUUUUUCAAAUUUAGGACACAUUGUUGUACUCUAUUACAAUGAUACUUUCCAAGUAUGGAAUUUCAAUCAAUUAGAAAACAAUGUUAAAAUCAAUACAAAGAUAUUUGGAAUACGAAAUAUAAAAGAUUUUGUUUUUACACAAAAUGGAAAAGCAAUGAUUAUAGUUAGCACUCAAAAUAAAAUUGCCAUUCUGAAUACAUGUAACUGGAAUUUAAUGAAAACUUUAAAUUUGCCAGAAAAUUUUAUUGGAGCGAAAUAUUUAUCACUUGUACCAUCUUUGGAUAGUGGAGCAAUUAGUAUAAUGGCAUGUAUUUUAUCAAGCUCUAAUCUUUACUUCUUUGAUCUGAAUCAGUUUUGUGUCAUUGAUAUUCUACAAGUUACCAAACCAAUAAAAAAAAUUGCAGUUUCUUCCACUGGCAGGUAUAUAGCAUAUAUAGAAAAGGAGGGUCAUCUGAAAUUAAUAAUUAGUGAGAAAUUAUUUUCAAAAAAAUGUGAAUCUUUGAAAAAGUUAGCGGAACCAUGUAGACCACUUGCACAUGGAAUACAUGAUCACUUACAAUGUGUUAGACAAAACAUUAAACAUGAAUUACGCUUAGAAAGAUUAAUACUUAUUUUAAAAGAAUAUGGAGAAUAUCCUGGAAAAUAUCGAGUAUUAAUAUGGUCAACUAUUCUAAAUUUGCCAGCUAAUAAAUGUUCAUAUAAUGCCUUGGCUAAUAAAGCUGCUAGUAUAAAUUUUACUUCAGACAUUUUAAAAAACUAUCCAUUAGCAAGUAGAAGUAAACAUAUAUUAUUAAUGACUACUGUUCAUUGCUUAAUACAAUGGUGUCCUUUAUUAGUACAAUGUUCAUUUUUACCAAAUUUAGUUUUCCCAUUUCUUAUUAUAUUUCAGAAAGAUCUACUACUUGGCUUUGAACUCAUUUUAACUAUAUUAUUGAAUUAUUGUCAAAAGUGGUUUGAAUAUCAUCCUUUACCACCAUUAAAUGUGUUAGGUAUAAUAGAAAAUAUUCUUCUACAAGCAGAUCCGUCCUUGUUAAAUGUUUUUUGUGAACGAGGUAUAACAUCUAGUGAAUAUGCGUGGCCUCUUUUAAAGACUGGUAUGAGUGAAGUCUUAUCUGGUCCUGAGUGGUUAAUUUUAUGGGAUAAUCUAAUAUCCUGUAAAAAACCUUCACUUCUAUUGAUGAGUAUUGUUGCAUACAGUAUAUGUUCCCGUGAAAUUAUCAUUUCUUCAUUACAAGCACAAGAAAAUAUUAAAAGAUAUUUUACUAAACAAGGUCAUAUUGGCGCACAUGAAUUACUAAAAGUUGCUCAACAGCUUGAUAAUAAUUUACCAUUAAGAAUACAUCCUAGCCAUUACCUCAGGGAUGAAGUAAUUACAUUACCUUCCAAAGGGCCAUAUCCACCAUUUAUGUUACAUGAUUUUCCCAAAUUCUUAACAGAUGAAAUCUCUGUUCUCGAAUUAGAAAAGUUAAAGAAAAAACAAAGAGUUAUGCAUCAAUGCAAUAAAAAAAUUAUAGAAAUUGCAGAAAUAAAUAGACUGGAACAUGAAGCAAAAGCUUUUAUGAAUCAAAUCAAUCAAACAAGAUUAAAGGAGGCACACAAAUGUUUCAAACAACAAUUGUUUGAUGCAAAUUGGGAAAUAAGAACAGCAGAACAAGGACCAACAGAAACAUAUAAAGUUAGUUGCGAAUGUAUUUGUGAUCAAUUUCAUGAUACCUUGCCUUUGAAUGUAGAUACUACAAGUGAUAAAGAUAUUGUAUGUUCGAAAAAUGGUAAAACAAAACGUUAUUUUCAAUUACAAGAAGAUGUGAACAAAUUAGAAUAUGAAGUACAAAGUUUUUUGAGUUCUUUAAGAUCUCAAAAAUCAAGAGUAGUUAAUAGUUAAUAUGU